GUCCCAGCCAUUUGUAUAUAAAUGACUGGGACGGAGGGAGUAGUACUAUGAAUUAACGGGACUUCUCUUGAUCAGUUUCUCUCGCACAAAUUGAUUAUCUCCACCCUCAUCGAUGGCGUCUGUAACUGCAACCGCAACAAUAACUCCAACGCUGUUGUAUCAAAAAACCCAAACACCAAGUAUUCAACUGCAAUCUGCUCCUUGUUCUCGCUUCCCUCAUUUUUCAGCUCAAUCUCAAUCUAUUAGUGCUGCACGUUCAUCUCGCUCACCAAUCGUCCCUAGAGCAGCUUCUUUUGAUACCGCUAACAUUGCUGAUGCUCUCGCCGAAGUUAGCAUAUUCACUGCUUCCGGCCAGGCGGUCUUGUUUAGGGAUCUCUUGGGUCAGAACGAGGAAAUUGCAGUAGUUUCUCUCUUGAGGCAUUUUGGAUGCCCAUGCUGUUGGGAACUUGCUUCAGCACUUAAAGAAGCAAAAGCCAAAUUUGACUCUGCUAAUGUGAAGCUAAUUGCCAUUGGUGUGGGUGGUCCUGAGAAAGCUCAGAUUCUUGCUGAAAGGUUACCAUUUCCAAUGGAUUGUCUUUAUGCUGAUCCAGAGCGCAAGGCAUAUGAUGUGCUGGGGUUGUAUUAUGGUUUCGGCCGGACGUUUUUCAACCCAGCCAGUGCCAAAGUACUUUCAAGAUUUGAAUCCCUAAAAGAAGCUGUAAAGAACUAUACUAUUGAUGCUACCCCAGAUGAGAGAAGUGGUGUCCUGCAACAGGGAGGCAUGUUUGUCUUUAAAGGAAAUAAAUUGAUUUAUGCACAUAAAGAUGAAGGAACUGGUGAUCAUGCUCCUUUAGAUGAAAUCUUUGAUAUCUGCUGCAGAGUUCCAGUCACAUAAGCACCUUUUAGGAUUUCCAAUUCCACUCCUACUCUGCUGUAAGUGUCUCAUUGGUGAAAUUUAGAUAGGUAGGCACCGACUUUGUCCUUCUGGUAUAUAUAGCUAGAAACAUAUAAACAGACACAGAGUUGAUUACACUCCCAGUCUAUGAUCAAGUAUUCUAUAUGAUUAAUAUCUGUACCGUGUCUACCAUUUUCUUGCUAAAGUUUGUGUAAUCUUACAUUUGUAUAUAGAACUUAAAUUGUCACCGCAUAUGAUUAUGUGACCA